AAGAGAUGAUCAGAAACACUCUUUACAGAUGGAAGACACUCAUUAUCCACAGUUUACGAUCAUAAACAGUUGUUAAUGGUUCGGAUCAAUUCCGUGUGAGAAAACUGUCAGUUAGAGGUAUUCCUGUGAAAUCUAACUAUGACUGCCUUCGUCAUUCUCGAUUGUGACUCCCUCUGUUACCUGAUACCCAGGCCACCGUAGAGUGAAAAAUGAUCACCUUGUGUGUAUGUGACGCCUUCAGCCCCGGUGUUUAACAGAGGAACGGUGAAGAUUCAGGUUACCCCAAACCUACCAGAGGACCGAUACCUUGACAGAUGAUAUGGCCGCUUGCUAGAUGAGGUACCCAUACUGUCAAAACUGUCAUGCUGACUGGAUUAAGACGAUGACCUGAAACUAAGUUGUCGUGUCGUUAUACAAGGUGACAUCGCCACACAGGGGCACGCCUUUCAGCUGGCCUAUAGGUGUUGAGCUGUCACAGAUUCAUCGGCUGGUUCCAGAUAUCCUUUUUGCGGACGGGCGUCAUCGCAGUGACGGGGAGUGAUGGCAGAGAUAUAAUUUUCCAGUCAGAGUUCCGCGCCGAUUCCAGUGCCUGUCUAUGGUGGUAUUUGCACCAGUCGCAAGAACAACAAACAAAUCGUCAGACAAUUACGUCACUGUAAUCUGAAUUUUAAAGUUGGCCAGAAGUUUAUGCUAACGGAGCUGGCUAAUGACAACAAAGACACAGCGAUGCUGGUCAGGAAACGAAAGGGCUGGUCUGGCUAUCUUCGAUUUUUGCCACCGAUUGCUGAAGGCAAACUCUUAACAGGAAAAGUGCCAAAAGACGGCGCCUAAUGCAGGGUGUUGACCUGCUUACUGGAAGAGCCGCACCAGUUCCCCCGGGGCUAUCUGGCCUAAAUUGCUAAAGGGCAAAAGGAUGGGUGUGUGACGUGGGCGCAGUAGGUACAAAUCCUGAAUGGACAUAGACAUUUAAGUGGUGGGAUUAUAAGCAGUAACAGUGGACAAUGCUUUUUACGUCUUAUCAAAUGUGAGUUCGCGUGGACUCUUUCAUAAUGUGACAGGACUCUCAUCAAGGAACAGUUGAAUGGACGUUCUUUACACCAGUGCAAAGCUGUGUAAGGACCUUUUACUAGUUCUUCGUCAAGUGGCAGUACGGAAAAAUGGUGUCAUUAACAAAUAAUUCUACCAUGUUCACCAACGACACAGGCGCCGGAGGGACCCCUCCGAUGCUGAUCUCUUCAUAUUUCUACCCGCCAGAGCAUGCAUACGUCUUGAACGGCUACCUGACGCCUUUACUGACCCUGUUUACCAUUAUCACGAAUAUCAUGGUCUGUGCCGUUCUGCUGAAGAAACAUAUGCGAUCGCCGACGAACGCACUUCUAGUGGGCAUGGCAAUCUCGGACAUGCUAACAGGCGUGUUUACACUUCCGGUUUUCAUCUACUUCUUCACACUGAAUAAUUAUAAGGAUUAUGUUCCUUAUGAUUGGUGUUGGCCUGUCAAGUAUUUCGGUAUCAUGAUACCCACCGUUUUUCACACUGCCUCCAUUUGGUUAACAAUGGCAUUGGCUGUCCAAAGAUACAUUUACAUAUGCCAUUCUUUUCAGGCCAAAACUUGGUGUACAAUUCCUAAUGUUAUCCGUGGCACAGUGGCUAUUUACGUUAUCGCCAUCUUGUCCCAAGUCAGUCGGAUCAUUGAAGUGGAACAUUUGCCGUACGAAUUGCCGUCACUUGUCCAGCCAAACACCUCAGUGGUGGGUUGCGUGGAGCGUCCCUUGCCAUGGAUUACACCACCAUUAACCAGAGACGUUUAUUAUAAUAUCUACUUUUGGUUUCGUGUGCUCUGCAUUCAUAUGUUGCCGUGUAUUUCGCUUGUCGUACUCAAUGCCUUACUCAUCCACGCAAUGAGAACGGCACAGAAGCGACGCAAACAGCUCCUCCAGCAAAACAAAAAGUCCGAAUCCAAAAAGAUCAAAGACUCGAACUGCACAACUCUGAUGUUGGUGGCUGUUGUAGGACUUUUCCUCGUGGUUGAAUUCCCGCUAGGGAUUAUUAUGGUCUUUGUCAUCAUCAUGAAUACUUUCAACCUGAAUUUCGUUUCUGCUCUGCUGAUUAAGACGCUCAUGCUUUGGGCAAACUUUUUUAUUUUGCUUAGUUACCCGUUAAACUUUUUCAUCUAUUGUGGCAUGAGUAGACAGUUUAGGGAAACGUUUAAGAGGAUGUUCGUGAAGGGACCGAUGCCGCUGGAUAGAGAAUGGUCUCAGUAUGUCACAUUAGCCACGGAGAAUGGACGCACCCAGAUGACCGGAGCUGAGACAGCCCUGUAAUAGAGACAUCUGAUUUAAUACCGAGGACACCAACACUGACAUUUAGGGAAAUUGUCAAGCCCCAAAUUCGAGGUCCUAAAACAACGGGCUUUGCUAAUGCAUAACUGAUGUAUCUAAAAGACACAGUUGGCCUUUUUUUUACCAAAAGGAUAUAAUCGGUGCACGGUGCAAAAAGAUACUCUAGUGUUGAGUACAUCAGUCGGCAGGCCAUAAAAGGUAAUGUCUCACCUACCCAUAUUAAACUCGGGCAUAUAUAGCAAGACGUACGCUCAAUCUAGCAUGCCGGAAACAUGCUAGGCCUACCUAGUCGACUUGCAGACACGCCCUAAUCUACCGAAAGUUCAAUCGGUCAUUUGUACUGACAAGUAUAGGCCUUCCUUCUUUGGUAUGCUGAAACCGACACUGAAUACAACAUCUGCCAUUGCAACCUUGAUGUAGGCAUCUUGAUUAAGAACGACAUCAUAAACUGUGGUGUUUUGUGGGAACGUUAAAUGAAUGGUUGGAAAGAAUUUGGUUGAUGUUCUGAACAAAACAUUCUGUAGGUGUAUUAACGCCGUGAGAUAUGUAAGUCUGCCUUUCAAACGGUUCUGUCAAUGACGUUUUUAAGUCACGUUCUUACAGACUUAUACGUGCAUACAAUUGCUUGGCAUAUUAUAGUUUUGUAUUUACCUUUGAUGCAUCGAUAUUCUAUAUCCACAUCAUUCUUUACCAGUGGAGAACCCAGUAACCCAAACACGUAGCUCUUGGCUUUAUAUACAGUUGUCAGUUUCUUCGUACACCGAUGAAAAGAAACAAUUCUGAGAGUGCAAGCGUUAUGAAGCAACAAUAUUGACCCGCUAAAACUGUAAUUAAAAAAAAAAGAGGAGUAGUGCCGCCAUCCAUUUCGUGUUUUCCGUUUUUGGGGAGCAGCUAUGUGUCAUCACGGAAUCGCCUGACCUUACAUUGGUGACUUUCGGUUUGAGAUUAGCGUCGGCCAGACGAUGAGUUUUCUCUUCCAAGGUGGUUUAUGGUGCUUCUCGAAAGCAAUUGCACCAAAGGUUCAGGCAAGAUUAUAAAUAUCAAGCAGUCUUGUUAAUGCGGAGGUAACUUGUAUACUUGGUUCAAAAUCGCCCCGUAUCUUACAGGGACGUUUUCUGAUUUGCUGCCUGCAAGCGUGUACUAAAUCGGGUUUUUCUCUCAUUCAGCCCCGUAAAAUAUGCUUGUAUACCAUGACUGACAGAGAGAUAUUACUCCUACACUGGCCAGUUGAAAACCGUCCUAGGCACAAGUAUCCACUAUUGUUACGUCACUGACCAUUAUAAGAAGUAAUAUAUGCUCCGAACAAUGCAACAUUGCGAAGACAAGGGUGUAUCUGACACCACACUUGCUAGUACCCUGACCAAAGGGAAAUGAAGAGGGGCAUCUGGAGGAAGCUUUAAGGAAGCUUUCUUUAGGAAACUUCCACGGAAACACAGCUACUACGUUUGCUGUGGACAGUGAGUUUGGCUAUUUGGCUAACAGUUAACUGCGGAUACACUCCCUUUAUACUUUAAUGCCUGCAUAGUGGGGAACAAAAGCUGGGCAUGGAGCACAAAGACUUUAAGUACUGCUCUGCUGUCCCCAAUUAAGUUGAAGAAGUAACAGCGUUUCGUUUACCUGAGGAAUUUAAGUUUGGCCUUGCGAGCAAAUAGUUUCAAGUCGUAUCACCAAUUGUCACAGAGCCUACUCGGUGAAGCAACGGUUGCAUUUUCAGGAAAAUAUGCAAAUAUGUGCAACAAGUGUGGGAUAUCCUGGUUACCAUGACAACUGUUCUGCUGGGCCUUCUACCAAGUGUUUGAAUACUUGUGUUUAGCUUUGUUUUCCAAUGUUAGGACAGUUAGUUCAUGACUACAGGCGUGGAAACUUCAUGAUAUGAUGGCCUUUAUGGAAAGUCCGUGACACAACAAUAACACAAGCUUGACACAAUAAACAUCGCUACAGAUAAACGAUCUUCGCUUUGACGUGGACAAUCCGUCACUUACUUUGCCACAUUACCCUCGCGGUAUCCCGGUGUUUCAGGGAGUAUGCAGGAAGUGGGAAGAUUUAGACAAGAUAUGACAGGAUGUUAAUGCGUGGAGACAAUAGGAGCGAUUGACCGACCAUCCGCCAUUGCUAGGUUGAACAGCUCAAUUGCUUCACAUCUUUAUAAGAAGAUUCAUGUAACAGAGACUUUGUGGAUAAACGGUAUUAGAGUUUAUAAAAAUAUCGAUAUAUUAAUGUAUUUAUAUAACAUUAUAUGCUAUUGUAUUAUAGUUUCAAUACGCUUACGCGUUCAGAACAACCUAUUAUAUAGUGAGCAGUCAAAUGAUAUAUUAUAUAUUUGUGUGAUGAAACCGUUAUGCCGUGGGGCAUUUUGCGCAACAGUUGUUAUCUGUAACCAUAUGUUAUACCUGGGUAUUUCAGCUGUACACUUUGUCUGUCAGCAUACUGUAGCUGUCACUAUAGUUUACGUAAAGUCAUAUUCUUCAUAUGCUUCGCCAUGAGCCAGCUUCGCGUUAGCGCAUGCAUCAUUGCCAUGGCACCCAAUACUGUAUGUAUUAUAUUGUGCCAUGGUAGUUUAGUAAACGUACGUUACAUAUGCUGUGUGCAACAGGUGCCUUGUGCAGCAAUCAAUAUUUCCACCAUCAUCACAAUAAUAUAACAACUGAAGAUUGUCUAAAAAGCCAUAUGGCUGACUGAUGAUCUCUUUUUUCAUUUCAAUACACAUUUCUUAACGACAUGGAAACAGCAGUGUAACUCCUGACGUUGACGCCGUAGAUACUAUUGCCACAUCGUCUCUUGUGUAUUAGUCUAUGGGUUACCUCAGGCAGAAAGUCUACACACAAAGAAGAAUUAUCUAUGAGAAUAGACAUUCGAGGAUUCUCAUGGAAGGGAUAAAGUUAUUAGUCUGCCUGUUUUAUUGUAAAGACAGUUGCUCCUUCUCGGGCAUGCACGUUGCUUGCAAUCCGUAUAUUCCAUAUACGUAUACAUUUAUCUGCCCGUUAUUUUCAUUAAGCUAUUUUCGUUAAACGUGAGAUUUAUAAAUUGUUAGGGUUAUAUUAACAAAUGCCGUCUACAUGUAUGUAGUCAGUUUCAAUGUAGAAUCAAUGUCGUU